AUGGCCAGCGCCACUCUCGACCAUGCCACAUGUAAUGGCCACAUCCGUUUUCCGGCAACUUUAAUACCAACCCCCCCAAGUUCAGCGGACAGCUCCCAUUUGUUCAUCCCUUCGCCACCCAAAGCACUGAGGAGAAGAUCACAUUAUCAGACGUUCUCUCAAGCUCAACUUUUAACACCACCGCCUUCAGCAGAGUUACCUCCUGAGCACGAUUCGGCCGCACAGCAUUCAGGAAAACUUCACCGCGUCAGUUCCCAUUUCCAAAUACCAAAGUCAGUUCACUCCUUACAUAGACCCGUGUCUACGAUGGGGUUCAUUGGAUUGAAGAAGGAGAAGGAGAAGCUGAAAGAAGAGAAGAGAAGGGGGAAAGGAAAGGAGAAGGAGAAGAGGAUGGAGCAUGUUCUGAAUGUCGAGGACGGUGACGGUAUUUUGUCCAGUUCCAAAUUCUCGUUAUCCAGGUCGUCGUCGUCAACUUGCAAGGAGAAACCGCUCAAGAAGAAGCGUUCAGUGGCUCGACUUCUCAAGCUCGCCGGCUCAGGUCCGCCACCGACUUUCAUAUCUCCCCCUUCACCGAUUCCCCGUUUACACGUAUAUUCUGUUUCAACGGCAGAAUUAUUAUCCACAUAUCAUGAAGAGAAGCCGGUACCACUGGUGAUACCAGUAGUUCCCAAUGACGAGGAAUGCGACGAGAAUGUCGGAGCCUACGCGUACGCCGUCGAGCAUCGGGAUGCGCAUUUUGCGACGAAAUACAUUACCAAGGACAGAUGGCACAUUCAGAACAAUAUGAAGAUGCACCCGUAUGGAGACGAUGCGGUCUAUAUGCAGUCGUACGAACAUAUGUCCUUGAACAACGAUCGACAUUUCAAUCUACUACUCAGACGAAUCAACCCCAACGGUUCACCCAGUUUUCACGACUACACGAUGAUAGGAGAAACGAUUCCCAGGUGUGCUCUGGAUCUGGCAUGCGGACAAGGCCACUGGGUUCUUCAAGCCGCGGUCCAAUGGCCCAAUACCAAAAUAGUCGGUUUCGAUCUCGUUGAUGUCGCACUACCUCAGGUGUUCGAGAACGAGAACAUAACAUUCGUCCGGGGUAACUUUCUGCAUUAUGCGCUCCCGUUUCCGCCCCAAUCGUUCGAUUACGUCCGCAUUGCCAACGCUUCACUUGCUAUUCCGUACGAGAAGUGGGAAUUCGUUCUUAAGGAAGUCCAGCGAGUGUUGACGCGGGGAGGCCGACUAGAAGUCAUAGACGACCAGCUGACCUUCCCGUAUGCAGAUCAACGCAAGGCACAUCAUGAUUCUGUCCCUGCCUCUACUUUCGAUGCCUCCCAAAACCCCCAUCACAAACGUUCGCCGUCUUUCUCCACCUUGGAUUAUGUUCCUUCCCCUCCCCGGCAUAAUGAAGAACGUGGGUUUGAAACAGAAAAUCACGAUAUACACAGCUUCGGUAAUAACGCCGCGGGGAACCAUGUCAUUGAUGGCGAUGCGAACGCGGAUGUUGUUGCUCCAGUGGCGCCGGAAAUUCGGAGGCGCUGUUCCUCGCUACCCUUGGGGCCGAGGCCUAAUGUCAGGCCACUGAGUAUGUCAGCGGAGACGUGGAGGAAGCGACUGGGUAUUGAAGAAGACCAGGGGGUCAGAGCCGAACUCCCUUCCCUUAGUCCAGUGUCCGAUAGUGAAACAGAGCUAGAGAGCGAGCCUCACACACCUUCCCCAGAGAAUUCCUCUUCGGAGGAAGAGGAAGACUAUGGACAGGAAGUCGAGGUUAAGAUUCCUGUCGAAGGCGGAUAUGUCCCAAGCCCUAGCCUGCUGGGCCCUCGGCCUAAUGCCCGCCCGAUGAGUAUGAAUGCGGAGAAAUGGAAGGAUAGGCUCAACUUUUCGCUUUGGAAUAAUACGCUAUACGAGUACGAUAUUCCAGAAGGACUCGAUUCCUCCUCUUCCGAAGAGUCGGGCGAAACCAACCCCAGUAGGAUUUCCAGCAGUUCGACGAUCAACUCAUCCGAGUGGUCGUUCUCCGUGUGUUCGACGGCAUCCACAGCUUCUACAGCUCCCUCGUCAGUUGUGGACUACGUGGAAGUAACCCGCCCGGCGAGACCCACCAGGCCAUUGCCUUCACCACCUCCGCAAUGUGAGGAAGAAAUAGACACUGGCUCUGUGUCAGAAAUUGCACUUCACAAAAGUGGCUUUGUCUCCUCGCCGGAUGAUGAUGAGGACGACGAAGACUUCUUUCCAGAAGACAACGGGGAUGGUGCGUGCACACCCUCCGUCCAGCAUGGUGUCGAGGAGGAGUAUUGGCAGACUCAGACUGCGCACUCUCGAGAGAUCGAGACAGUCUUUAAUGACAUGCUCCUGAACAAGUACGGCGUUGACCCUGAACCAUGUACGUUCCUUGCUAGCGCGAUGCAGCAGGUGUUUGGUGCGGACAAAGCGGGACGAGUGCGUUCUAUGCAUUUGAUGUUGGCCCCCGAGGAGUUCCAAUCUUACCUUGAGGCCGAGAUGAGUCUCAGUGAGGUGAAGAAGGAGAAAAAGGGCACGGUGAGGUGGAGUGACGAGCUCGAGAACGAUAGCGAGAAGGAUAAGCAGAAAGUUUUUGGAAUGACGAUUGACAGAGACAAGAAGGAGAAACAUCAUCAGAGGGCAAGAGCUCUCACCGAGCCUACUCCGAGAAAUAGCAACGACUCCGCGGCAUCUCUGAGUCUUCCUCCUGGCCUUUCAGCCAAGGCUGCGCUCAGAUUAGGGAUUACCUACACUGCGUUGGCAAAUGCUGCUGCAGAGUCGAGGAGCACGUCAAACUCGCCAUCCGCCUCGUCAUCCUCCUCGAAUCUGGCAUCUCCUACAGAGGAUGCCAACAAAUGCAAGCAGUCUCCCGGGUUAUUAUUAUGGCCAUCCACGCUGAUCCCAAUGUCUGCUGCUGAACUGGAGAUGCAUGCAUGCAAGAGCAUACAUGACGUACUUGGAUGUAAGCCAGCUUUGGCAGAGUGGGUUAGCGGCUACGUCGAUGAGAAUGGUGAGAGAGUCGUUAGCGAUGAAGAGUUUGAAGACGCCAUGUGGGAGUAUGAAUGUUGCCGCCGAAAACGACUCAAGUGGCCUGAAACCCUACCCGAGACGAACAUGGAUGUGCCUGACUUACUGACUUCGCUGAUUACACCCAAGACCAAUAUUGAAGUACCGUCGCGGCAACCGAAUUCGCACAUGAUGUCAGAUAGCAGUAGCACCUGCACUGAUGCCACCGUGACGCCUACGCUCCCGCAAGUGCUGGCAGGGGGAGUAUAUGCGAAGGAGGAUUUGACCCAUGUGAGGACUAUAAGGGUCUACGAGGCGGUCAAGUCUUGGAGAAAGAGUCCUCUAUCAGACAACAAUAAGACACCCACGUCAGCCUCUCCACCGUCUUCAGCGGCCUGA